AUGUCGGAAUACUGGAAAUCAACCCCCAAGUACUGGUGCAAACACUGCUCCGUCUACGUCCGCGACACCAAGCUCGAGCGCGCCAACCACGAGUCUACGGGCAAACACCAGGGCGCCAUCAAGCGCUCCCUUCGCGACCUCCACAGAUCCGCCGAGCAAGAACAACGAGAGAAGGACAGGGCCAAGAGGGAGGUGGAAAGGCUGAAUGGAGUUGUUUCCGCGUCAGGGAGUGGGAGUGGAGGCGCCGGGGCGAAGAAACAUGGCGGCAGCACUAGCAGCGCGCCACCACCACCAGCGCCAACAGGGCAGCUAUCACAGGCUGAACGACAGAGACAACUGGAGCAGCUGGCCGAGUUGGGGGUGAAUAUCCCGACCGAACUGAGGAAGGAUAUGGCUAUGGUGGGGGAGUGGAGCGUCACUUCUACGAGGGUCGUUGACGAUGGAGAUUCUGGCAAUAAGACUGCUGAUGAUACCAAAGAUGAGGGCAGAGCGGUGGGGGUCAAGAGGGAAAGAGAAAGGACAGAAGAAGAAAAGGAACAAGAGGAGGCUCUGAAUGGGCUGUUCAAGAAACGGAAGAGGUGGGGGGUUGGAUCGAAAAGCAUGCCAGAAGAAGAGGAUAAAGAGUUGGAGGAGCUGCUGAGUGGGACGAUUGUCAAGACCAAGAAAGAGAAGGACGCCGAGGUUAAGGGCGAAGUCAACGGGGAGGAGGGUGCGCCUGAGGCUCCAGUCGUUAAGAAGGAGGAAAGCCAGGACGGGCCUGCUCUGGAAGCCAUCCAAGAUGUCCAAAAUGUCCAAGAUGAGGCGCCUCCAGCCAUGGUCAAACAGGAGCUCGGCAACGAAGAACCGGCUGUUGCAGCGGUUGUUUUCAAAAAGCGCAAGCCUAGAAACAUACGGCAAAAGUAG